UGUAUGUGGGUGUGUGUAUCCAUGUCUAUGGGGGUGUGAGCCUGUGUUUCCGUGUGGGUGUGUGCACACUCUCACCAGGGGAGAAGUGGGGUUCUGCAGACAGGCAGUGCUGGCAGCAGAGUGAGGAGCAGACGCAGGCAGACCGACGAGUGUCCCAGAGUCCGCCUCACAGCAGACAGUCGCACACAGAUGGGGGAGCAGACCAACAAAGUGGUCACUGUGCUCCUCAAAGCUGCCAUUCCAGCCCAGAAUGCCCUGUAUGGGCUUCUUGUGAUGCUGGGCAUUGUGGGAAAUGGGCUGGUGAUGGGCGUGGUUGGGAGAGGGCUCGUUAAGGAGGGCUUGGCCCGGCAGCACUCUGACAUCAUCCUACUGAACCUGGUGCUGUCCAACCUGCUGGUAUCCCUGGUCCGAAACAUUCCCCUGCUACUGGCUGACGUGGGGCUGCAGCUCUUCACCUCUCCAGGGUGCUGCCAGUUCCUGAUGUUCAUGUGGGUGUGGCUGCGCUCUGUCAACGUGUGGAUGACCAUGUGCCUCAGCGCCUUCCACUUCCUCACGCUGUGCAGGCUGGGCCCCGUGGUCCCCGCCGGCCCCCAUGGCCCCCGGGCGUCUCUGCAGCGCCUCCUGCUGGUGCUCGCCCUGAUCUGGAGCCUGAACCUUCUGUACUCCUUCCCCGGCUUCUUCUUCUCCACACAGGGGGGCCGCAACUCCACUGAGGAGCUGAUGCUGGUCAGUAGCACCACCCGCCCUCUGCUGGGGUGCGUCUGGAGUUUCCCCUCUCGCCGCGGAGGCCUGGCGUAUGCCACCACCUCCCUGGUGCUGCACGAGCUCCUUCCCAUCCUGCUCAUGGUGGCCACCAACCUGGGCACCCUGCACACGCUGGCCAGGCACGGCCGUUCCCAGCGGGCGGGGGAAACCACGCUGACCCGCAGGAUCCCCGCCGAGAGACGAGCUGCCAAGGUGGUCCUGGUGCUGAUCAUGCUGUUCAUCAUUUCCUGGGGCGCCAGCGUUCUGUCUGUUAACUACUACAACUACAACCGUGGGCCCUCUACCGAGUUCCUGCUGGUGAUGGCGCGCUUCACCAACAGCCUCUUCAUCGCCUUCAGCCCCCUGGUGCUGCUGGCUGGACACAGCCGCCUGAAGGCCAUCUUCAGGGUCAUUGCAGACCACGUCCACAGCUUCUGUUUCUCGCAAAGGUGCUUGAAAAAGUCCUGUUAAAGCAAGUGAUGUUACAUUGUUGAAAAAUGUCUGCAUGGAUCGAGUCCCAGUUAGAGCAUGGAAAGUGCCCUUGUUAGAUGCCCUCCAACCAGACACAGGUUCAGAUCAGAUUUCUGUCCUUGUGUGGCCGGAUCUUAGUGCUGUCUGAUACAGCCGACUAUGAUGUUUUCACACAUCAUCUGGAAAAAUGUCAGAUGAUCUGUAGCACCUCAAAUAGACACUGCUGCCACUUCAGGCUAGUCAGUGUUAGGUGUUCCACAACAAUCUAGUCUCGGAACAGCGCAAAUCUCUUCAAAUUUCUCUAAAAUUUAUUUUUCUAACACCUGUGGAGAAUUUCUUGUGAGCUCAAUGUACUUUUUCCCUUCUUGCAGAGGACAAGCAGUUGUACAUCCCUGUGAAAUGUGGUGAUAUAAAAUAUAUCAAGCUUAUUAAACUAUUGCUACAAUUAAACUUUGGAUGUCUAAAACUGUUUAUUCAAUUGCAAACACGUAGAUACUGGCUUUGUAUAGUUUCAGAGUUAUUUAAGAUCUAUUAUCAAUUUAUCUAAACUAGGCAGACUAAAGACUUGUUCUGGAGCAGAAUACCUGGUCUGCAGGUGGUGAGAACUGGAGAGGAUCAGACUGGUGU